AUGGAAGAAAUCAACUUAGAAAACAAAUUACCGACACAUAACCGCACAAAAUUUAAUGAAGAUAAUCAAGAAAUGGUGACAGCUCCGGAUAAUCAUGGAUAUGAAACACAAAAUCACGAAAUAAUAGCAAGUAUGCCUCAGAAUGUGGAAAUGACUGAUGCGCUGUAUAAUAUUACAACCAACAGUAGAUUUCCUAAGUCUAGUAGUAAUCUUAAAACUUAUAAUCAAAAGAAUGAAAAUUUGUCUUCAGAAAUGAGCAGUAAUGACAAAACUAUUCCGGAAGGCACGUACAGAGUAUCUUACCACGUCACUGGAAGUGUAAGCAGUAAACAAGCAAAUAGAACUCAUAAUCUUCCAGCUUAUGAAUUAGCAUUAGAACCUGAUGUGGUUUUAGAGAUUCCAUUUAAUCAAACAAAUACUCUCACUAUUGAUAAAUUGAAGCAACUAGCAAGUCUCGCUACCAUUACAGAAUACAGCAACAGCAGUUUAUUUCGUCCUUCUGGAGGUGUAAUAUCAACGAAAGCCAUACCAUCGAGUUAUACGCUCAAUCAUGCAGGAUUUAAGAUAUUGACAAAAACUUACCAUAAAACUCAACCCUCUAAGCAAGAAGAGAAUAGUCUUAACAAAUCGGACAAAACUCCUAAGCCAUACCCAACGAAACCACAAAAGGAAAAAGAAGAAGUUCAAGAAGCAGUUAAAGAAGAAGAUUGCAAUAAUGCGACGUCCUUCCGCUGUUUAACUGGCCUGUGUUUACCUAUUACUUCGAGAUGUAAUCGCCUAAUGGAUUGCCCGGGAGGAGAAGAUGAACGUGCCUGUUCCUGCGCUGAUUACUUAAGAGCAGAAUUCUCUCAAACAAAAAUUUGUGACGGUGUUGUAGACUGUUGGGACUAUUCUGAUGAAAACAAAUGCGAAUGGUGUAAUGAAGGUCAAUAUGUCUGUUCGAAUGCACGACAAUGCAUAGACAUGGCCCGAGUCUGUGAUGGAACCCCAGAUUGUCCUUUUGGUGACGAUGAAAAAACUUGUGUUGCUCUGUCUGAUGAUAUUGAAGAUAAUGAAGUCAUACCUUACAAUGAAGAAGGUUUUGUUAUGGUGCGAAAGCGUGGUGAAUGGGGACGCUUAUGUGUAGAAAGUUUUGCAGACGUAGUAGCUGAGGCUCACAGUUCUCUGAAAUUACCUGACCUUGGUAGGGCUGUUUGUAGGGCAAUGACUUUUAGUGAAUCGAGAUGGGCACGCGAGGCCCGAGAGGGAAGGCGAGUGAGCUCCGCGGGCUACUGGGAGGUGUGGCAUAACACGGCGGCGCGCGCGGCCGACACCCGCCUGACUUUCCGACGCUCCCAGUGCGCGCGACGCAGAGCGUUACGCGUGCGAUGCAAGGACCUCGAAUGCGGAGUUCGUCCCCACGCCGAUGCUCAGCAACCUAGGGAUGUAACUGACGAGCGCGUGCGGUGGGGCAGGGUAGUGGGCGGCGGCGGCGCGGCGGCGGGCGCGUGGCCGUGGCAGGCUGCGCUCUACCGCGACGGCGACUUCCAGUGCGGCGCCACGCUCAUAGCCGCACAGUGGCUGCUCUCCGCUAGCCACUGCUUCUAUCAAGCUACAGAAGCGCACUGGGUGGCACGUCUGGGCGCAUUACGUCGGGGGGCGUGGCCGCGGGGGCCGUGGGAGCGCGUAGCCCGCGUCCGCCAGCUGGUGUUGCACCCGCGCUACGCAGCGCGUGGCUUCCGCAACGACAUCGCGCUGCUACGUGUAGAGCCGCUCCAGCUUCACGCGCGGCUUCGGCCCGCCUGCCUGCCGCCACCCCGCUCGCCGCCGCCCGCCGGACGGCACUGCACCGUGGUCGGCUGGGGCCAGCUUUACGAGCACGAGCGUGUCUUUCCGGACACACUGCAAGAAGUGGAGCUGCCUGUAAUCUCCACGGCGGAGUGCCGGCGGCGCACGCGGCUGCUGCCGCUGUACCGCGUCACGGACGACAUGUUCUGCGCGGGCUACGAGCGCGGCGGGCGCGACGCUUGCCUCGGCGACUCGGGUGGCCCGCUUAUGUGCCAGGAGGGCAGCAAAUGGUACAUCUACGGUGUUACGAGUAACGGGUACGGAUGUGCACGCGCGAACCGCCCCGGCGUCUACACGAAGGUGUCCAACUACAUCGACUGGAUCGACAGCGUCAUAGCCAAAUACACUCCUCAUGACAACGACACCACUAUAUUCAACGAGGACGAGCCUGACGAAGAUUUCUAUACGGAUUUAGAAACCGCGGAAAACAGAAGACAAACAUCAAUUGACACUUGUAGAGGGUAUAGGUGCCCUCUUGGUGAAUGCCUACCCUCAUCGAGUUUGUGCAACGGCUUCAUAGAAUGUUCGGAUGGCAGUGACGAAUGGAACUGCCAUAAAAAUGCGUUAAACACUUCUAGCAUCGAUCCGGAUUGA